AUGGAUGGGAAAAAAGUCGUCGUGGUCGGUGCUGGACCGGUUGGUUCGUUGGCGGCUUUAUACGCCGCCUCCCGUGGUGCCACAGUCGAGGUGUAUGAGCUCCGGGAUGACCUCCGCAACCUUGAGACCAGUCCACUGAACUUCACAAAAUCUAUCAACCUGGCCCUGUCCGAACGAGGAAUCAAUGCUCUCCGGUCGACCGGGAACGAUGAACUCGUGGAGACUGUCUUCCAGAACACCAUUCCGAUGCAUGGUCGGAUGAUUCACACCCGGUCGGCCACCGGAGCCCUCACCGAACAGUCACAGCUUUACGAUGUUCAUGGCCGAUAUCAGCGUUCCGUCGACCGUGGUGUGCUGAAUGGCGUGCUGCUCAACUACCUGGACGCUCUACCGAAUGUCAAAAUCUUCUUUCAGCAUAAGUUGACUGGCGCCGACUUUCGGAAGAAAGAAGCCUGGUUCGAAGUCAUGGAUAGGACCGAUGGCUCCAGCUCAACCCGCCCGAAAGAGAUUGCCGUCACCUUCGAUUUCCUCAUUGGAGCCGACGGAGCCCAUUCAUCCACCAGGUUUCACUUGAUGAAAUUUGCUCGAGUAAACUAUCAACAGGAGUAUAUUGAUUGCCUAUGGUGUGAAUUCACAAUGCCACCUACCAGAUCAGGGGACUUCGCCAUAUCCCCGAAUCACCUCCACAUCUGGCCGGCGGCGAGUUUCAUGUUCAUCGCUCUUCCCAGCACGGACAAGUCGUUUGUGUGCACCCUUUUUGGACCGGUUGACAUGUUCGUCAAGCUGGAAAGCGCCCCAGAUGCAGAGCUUGUCUCUUUUUUCGACAAGCACUUCCCUGGUGUGACGAGUCAGCUCGCCCCGAACGAUCUGAUCGCCCAAUUCAAGCAGCAUCCACACCUGCCACUCAUCAAUAUCAAGUGUUCUCCACAUCAUUUCGGCGACAGUGUUGUCAUUCUCGGUGAUGCUGCCAAUGCCAUGGUCCCUUUUUACGGCCAAGGCAUGAACGCCGGAAUGGAGUCGGUGAGGGUACUGUUCUCCAAGCUCGAUGCAACUCCAGACCGAGCCCAAGCACUCGCCAACUAUACCGAGGAACGAACCAAAGACGCUCACGUCGUCGCUGACCUGGCACUUGGCAACUACACCGAGAUGCGAUCGUCUGUCACGUCUCCUCUGUACAAGUUGCGGAAAUAUAUCGAGGAGAGGCUGGACAAGUAUGUCCCCAGUCUGGGCUGGGCUACCCAGUAUUCGCGGAUAAGCUUCAGCAACAUGAGGUACAGCGAGGUCAUCAAGUAUUCACAGCGCCAGAAACGCAUCCUUACGGCCCUGUUGUUAGUGGUGGCCGCAGCAGCUAUCACAGGCCCAGUAGCUGCCAUCUGGCUCUACGUUUUGCGCCACUCUCGACACCGGCGCAGAGUUCUUUACCUCUGGGUCCGCGAGGUCAAGUGGUAG